AUGACACUAAGUGCUCGUAAAGACCAUUUAAAUAGCCUACGUGAGAGAUUGGAAAAAUAUAGACAAAAGAGUGAGCUGAUCAGUCAACAGGAAAAAGAAGAAGAAACCAGAGCAAGUGAAUUAAACAAAGUUCGAAAAGAGAAGAGAAAGCACAAAAAAAUAGCUACACCUGCGUCUGACAUAAUAGCAGCAAUGCCACUGACACAGGCAUCAGUAACCUCACCAGCAUCCGUAAUCGCAGAAUCACCCAUAAUAAAAGAAGAAACAAACAAUCAGCAAUUACAAGAGCAAUUAGCACAGCAACAAAUAUCAGAGAAACAACAGCAAGAAUAUGUUCUUCUACAACAAGAACUGCAGCAUCAACUAUUACAACAACAACAACAACAACAACAACAACAACAACAACAGCAGCAGCAACAGCAGCAGCAGCAGCAGCAAGCUUCACAAUCAUUACAACCGCAAAUGAAAAAAACGCAAACUCAAUCCUUCUUCUCGCCUGCUCAUUUUGGCUAUUCAAACAUUACAGAGAAAGACGCUAUUGAUUGGCUAAAACAUGGUCUUUAA